CUGAGAUAACAUGUCUGUUAUUAAACUAUACGGCGACAACUUCUCCGUGGCCACAAGGUCCGUGACGAUCAUCCUUGACAAGCUGGACUUGAAAUACGAAAUGAUUCACAUCGACGUCCUUAAGGGUAUGAAUCUCACCCCUUCAUUUCAAAAGAUCAAUGCAACUCAAAUGAUUCCGGUCCUCAUUGACGGCUCGUUUAAAAUCACUGAAAGCCGUGCAAUCUGUACCUAUCUGGCCACUAAAUUUGGCAGUGAGCUAUAUCCUUCAAUCCUUGUGGAUCGAGCACGUGUGGACGAGAUGCUGUACUACGAUGCUUGUUUAGUUUCUCCCACAUUUCAAGGCCUCAUGCGUCCGGUGUUGCAAGGAGCAGAUGUGGCAGAUGUGGAGGUUGGAAAAAUGAUGGGUAUUCUUCACCAUUUGAAUAAAGUCUUGUCUUCAACGGGAUUCAUGGCUAAGACUGAGCAACUUAGUGUGGCUGAUUUUGUUCUAUUUGCCAUGAUUGCUACUUUGGAGGCCGUGGCCGUUAUUGAUCUGUCCAUUUACAAGAACCUCGGCAUUUGGUUGGAGAGGUGCAAAUCUGCUAUACCAAAUUAUGAUAGGGCAAAUGGUAAUGGCUUGAAAAAGGUGGUUCGAUACUACCUUGUCCGCACUGGAGUGGCAAAAUGAACCAAGAACUAAAGUUUUCUGUUCUGAUCCAUGGUUGGUUCAACUUGAUUGUAAUGAUAAGUGAUGAAUUAUAUCAAAUAUCAGUAUGUUUGCGAGAAUGCAGUUCUGAACGAACAAGUCCAAAUAUAGCAUUGCUCAAUAACAUUGAAUGUGACAAGGAAUAAAUUUGAUUUAUUUGAAGAA